AUGGCGAGGCGGGGCUCUGCAGCCAGCGCAUCCAGUGGGCGAUGGACAACAAGUUCGCGGGGCAGGCGGACGCCUGCUCCCGCGCCCACGCUCUCGCCCUGGGCCAGUGCGAGGUCUGCUCCGGCUGCACCUUGCGGGAGGCGGGCUGCCUUGGCGCGGGGGCUUCCAGGAGACGGAUGCCUCGACCAGCGCUACCACGACCACAACCCCGAAGUUCAGCUGCAGGAUGGGCUCUCGCCCGGCCGCGAGGGCGCCCAUGCCCUGUGGUCCGAGGCGAGGCGGGCGUGGUGCUGCGAGAACCACGGCCUGGGCUGCCCCACGAAGACGCAGUACGACUGCUCGGAGGACUAUUUCGACUGGGAGAGGCUGUGGAGCGAGGAGAAGAAGGCGUGGUGCUGCAUGGCGAAGGGGCGCGGCUGCCCCGCUUCGACGACAUCCACGCGGCCGCCGCGGAGGAAGUCGGCCGAGCAGCCCUCCUCUGGCGACGAGCUGUUCAAUUGCACGGCUGGCUACGCCCAGCGCGAGCAGGGCUGGUCCGAGUCCAAGCUGGAGUGGUGCUGCAGGCACAAGACCAUUGGCUGCUCGGUCUGGUCCAGCGCCGGCCGCAAGUUUGGCAUGGUGGCCGUGGAGGCUGCCACGAGCCCAGGAGCCCCAGCGGUGGUGGCCCGGCUGCCGCCCCUUGUGCCCCGGCCCGCGCCCGUCUGCUGGGCUGCGCCGCGGUGCUGGCGCGCCGCCUCCCUGCGCUGGGCGCACGGGCGCCGCGCAGCGGCAGUCCCCGGGCGCGACGGCGGGCGCCCGAGGAGUACGCCGCGCUCGGGCCGUUGA